CUGACGUCUCUAUUUGGCUUUGCGCAAGUUGAAGCGCCCCUAGAAAAACGGAGUAGAGCAGUGGUUCGCAUGUGCAGUGCACUCCAAUCGUUCAUACUCGGAGGAUAGAAAGAAUAACGGCAACACCCAAUCUAGACUGGUUACGGGUGACUUUAUCAAUCGGCAAGAGUCUUGGUUUAGUCCGAUUAAAUUCAGCCACAGACGCUUUGCGUCGGAGAGGUCGUAUUUAAGAGAACAGAGAUAAGAAGUAGGCUACUUUUUACCUUUAAAACAUCGCCUUUACUAGCAAAACUCGGAGAUGAACGCAACUUUACAACAUAGCUGUGAAACUUGAUCUAAACCGUUCUAAAUGUUAGCACGUGACGCAUCCUGCGUUUGAGAACACCUGGAAUACGACUUGAAAGGAUAAGCAAUUCAACCAUGUAAACAACAUUGAUAUUGAUGGGUAUUGAAUAAAAUGGAUGGGCGUCAAUUUGUUAUUUUUGAUUCGGAGUAACUUUGAUUCUAAUGGACGCAAGCCGACACUGCAGGUGACAGGUCUGUUUUUGGACGGGUGACUCUUCUACCCACCCUCACUCCACCACCACCCUGCCAGCCGCAUAGACCCCUCCCCCUGGCUGUGAGCGGCCAGCACCCCCGGCCGCACCAAUGUAUCAGGAAGUGGCCUUCCUCGCGGGCAGCACCGAUCACCAGUUCACCACAUUCCACUUCAAGCACCCGAAGAACCUGCACGAGAUCACCACCAACAAGGGGGUCUUCUACAAGAGGGCCAAGCUCCUGGGCCAGGAUGAGGACCUGUACCGACUCCCUCCCCGCACGGAGGCCGGCCGCGGCGGUGGCCGCGGCAGCUCGGCCAUCAUCAACGUGGGGGGCAUCAAGUACCGCAUCCCCUGGACCACCCUGGACGAGUUCCCCCUCACCCGGCUGGGCAAGCUGAAGAGCUGCCACAACCACGAGGAGAUCAUGGACGUGUGCGACGACUACGACGUCAGCCGCAACGAGUUCUUCUUCGACCGCAAUCCCAGUGCCUUCCGGACCAUCGUGACCUUCCUGGCAGCGGGGAAGCUCCGCCUCCUGCGGGAGAUGUGCGCCCUCUCCUUCCAGGAGGAGCUGCUGUACUGGGGUGUGGAGGAGGGCAGCCUGGAGUGGUGCUGCCUCCGCAAGCUGCGCCUCCGCCAGGAGGAGCACCGGGAGGCGCAGCGGGAGGACGCCGAGCUGUCGUCCCUGCCCGGCGACGACCAGGCGCCCAGCACCUGCUCGGACGAGGGCCGCGGGGCAGGCUGCAUGAGGCGGCUCAGGGACAUGGUGGAGAACCCCCACUCGGGCCUCCCCGGGAAGAUCUUCGCCUGCCUGUCCGUCAUCUUCGUGGUCAUCACCGCCGUCACCCUCUGCGUCAGCACCAUGCCGGACCUGCGGGCCGAGGAGGAGAGCGGCAAGUGCACUCAGAGAUGCCACAACAUCUUUGUGCUGGAGACGGUGUGUGUGGGCUGGUUCUCCCUGGAGUUCCUGCUGCGCUUCAUCCAGACGCAGAGCAAGUGCGUCUUCCUGCGCACCCCGCUCAACAUCAUCGACAUGGUGGCCAUCCUGCCCUACUACAUCACGCUCAUAGUGGACUCGCUGUCCAUGCGGGAGAAGCCGGCCGGCUCGGGGAACAACUACCUGGAGAAGGUGGGGCUGGUGCUGCGGGUGCUCCGGGCCCUGAGGAUCUUCUACGUGAUGCGGCUGGCCCGCCACUCGCUGGGCCUGCAGACGCUGGGGCUGACGGUGCGCCGCUGCACCCGCGAGUUCGGCCUGCUGCUGCUCUUCCUCUGCGUCGCCAUGGCGCUCUUCUCCCCGCUGGUCUUCCUGGCGGAGAGCGAGAUGGGCGACAAGCAGGCGUUCACCAGCAUCCCCGGCAGCUACUGGUGGGCCGUCAUCUCCAUGACCACGGUGGGCUACGGGGACAUGGUGCCGCGGAGCAUCCCCGGCCAGGUGGUGGCGCUCAGCAGCAUCCUGAGCGGGAUCCUGCUCAUGGCCUUCCCCGUCACCUCCAUCUUUCACACCUUCUCGCGCUCCUACGUGGAGCUGAAGGAGGAGCAGUGCCGGGCGUCCCGGCAUAAGCCCGACUCGCAGGACAGCACCAAGUCCCAGAACAGCGAGGACUCCCAGGAGACGGACCACGCCUACCCGGCCGCGCUGGAGGCCGCCGUGCACAGGAAGUCCGUCGCCAUGGCGUCGCAGAAAGCCCUGGAGAGCAGGAGAUCCCUAAAGCCCUAACGCCAAACAACCCCCCCCCCACCCCACAACCCCACGUGGAGGAGGCACUGGAUUUGCAAGUGCCGCUACUUUGGGGGGCUACAGCUUAUCAGCAUCUUGCGCUGUACAGCCAUUUGGCCAAGCUUUCACACAAAAAAAAAAAAAGCGUGUGGGACAUCUGUGGAGAAGGACCUUUCCCUAAGAGGCCAGUUGAAGAGUUGUUUUUACAGACGUUUUUCAGUUGAAUCGACAGAGUAUAUGGAUAAUGACUUGGUGAAAUGUUACAGCCUGUCCCCGCGCUUUAAGCAGAAGUAUGGCUCUACAGCACAGUGGAGAGCAUCGAGGAAAAGUUUUGACAAAUAUUUGCUCUGCUGCUUUUUAGAAGCCUAUUGUAUAAGAACUUGGAAAAAAAAAAUGCUCAAAAAUUCUCAUUUUGGUAUGUCUGCAAUGAACUGCAAUAAGGGAACAGUUCUGCAGGGAACUGUACACAAUUGAAAUAUUUACUAAUUUUUCUGUAUGGUUUGCUUCUAGAUUCAGUAGACUCAGGUACAGCUGGUUUUAAUAAAUGUAAUGAACAUGCCAAAUAUGUCCUCUUGUGUAUUGUGGCGUACAGCCAUAUCAUUUGCAUUGCUACACACGGAAUGUUUAAAAUUGGCUGACAGCGAGACCAGGAAACACACUGCAUGAUUCUUCUGCAAAGUGCAGUAGCUCUUACUUCUCAGCCUACUUAAUUUACUAAAAUAAUAUUCAUA